CAAAACCUUCCACACUGACCGUCACUUGCCGUCUUUCUCGCGACCUCAUGGACGUUCCCGCGGACGAUGUGCUAGCGACCGAACCGGUGGCGGCGCCGUCGGCGAUGACCCUCGACUUUCACCUGUCCGACACGCCGACGCGCGUGUCGCGCCCGAGCCGGCUCAACACGCAGAUGCUCGGGCAGCUCCAGACGCGCCAGUACCUCUUGACGCUCGGCUUUUUCAUCAGCUGCGUCUGGAACCUCGUGGCGCCGCUGAAGGCGUGGGCGCUCUCUCGGUACGGCUUUGUGUCGACGGCCGACACGGUCGUGCUCAACGUCAACUGGAACACGGUGCUGAACGGCCGGUUCCUCACCAAACUCUACACCUCGUCCGGCAUUGCGCUGGAUGCGCCGCGCGCCGCCGAUCGGUACAUCAACGUCUUCUUGGACUUUAUCGUCGUGCCGCGGUCCGAGCUCACGUGGGCCAAGUCGCUCUAUAACACCGCCGACGUCUUCCAGAUGGACUUGGGCGGCCGGUGCAUGCGCCACAGCCUCGACGGGCCGCGCCAAGUCGACCAGUUCAACAAGGACAUUUCGGCGUACGAAGCGAGCGGGUACCCGCUCUGGGGCACCGAGGUCAUCCGCACGAUGGUGCCACCCGUGCCGGGGUUUGUGCAGCUGCACGAGAUCUCGGAGGCGAUGCUGUGCCUCAAGGGCAUGCCCCUCGAAGACUACGUCAACGUCCAGUUCGUCUCGUCUCUAUUGCCGUACAACAAGUCGUCGGACGCGGCCGCGAUCGCCAUGUGGCGCCAAAAGCUCUUCCCGCACCUCAGCGAGUGUCUCGCGCGCCGGCAGCAGCUUCUGGCGGCCGCCGACCCGCCGGCCGACGGCGUCGCCGCGCUCGCCAAAGAGCUCGCGACGACCUUUAACACGGGCUUGGUCAACAUCGCCGGCCACGCCCAGCUCUACACGCCCAUGACCUUCCUCGACGGAUUCGUCGACCUCUCGGGCCUCAAGUCGGGCUCCGUGACGUACCAGCUCAACGGCCGCGACCCAUCCGCGCUCCUCUUCGCGGGCAGUGGGUACCUCGACGCGAUGAUGACCCCGCGCGAGACGGCGUGGUGGUGCUCGAUCCAGUACGUCGACCCAGCGACCAGCCGCCCGAACGCCACCCAGUGCUUCGAGAAGGUGGCGACGACCCUCCCGUCCGUCUUUCUCGGCAAGUACGUGGUCGCAGGCGCCGGCUCGCGCUAUGUCGACUCGGCCGACUUUACGCAGGGCGGUGCGCGUGGCGCGCUCACACCGUACGCGUACAAGUCGAGGAAGCAAGCGGCGCUCGCCGACGUCGAGUACGUAUCGCGCGGCAACCUCUCGGCGUGGAACGGCCUCUUCAAGCAACUGGUCGCGACGGUCAACAACGCGCCGAUCGUCGUCUCGGAUGCGCUCGAAGAGCUCUGCCUCGUCGGCGACGGCUGCUUCAACGUCUGCAUGAACGAAACCGCGAGUGGCGGCACGACGCUCACCUACAUGCGCAGCGGCGUGUGCGUCUCGGCCGUCGACAAGGUCGCGCACGGGCUGCUUGACUCGUCAAAGUGA